GCGAGUUGAGGCUCUCGCUCUCUCUCCCCCCCUUCCUUUUUUCGUGUGAACGGAACGCUAAAAAGGAGGAGAUUUCGACGAUUUGUGAGGGUGUCGGUCUCUCGCCGAAACAGGAACAGACGAAGAAAUCGAUUACAAUUUAAGCAUUCGAUUUUAUCCUUUUUUUUUUUGGGAUUUGAUUCGUUGAGUUCGAUUUCGGUUUCCGAUCAAUUGGAUCUGAUCUGAAUGGCGGCGUCACGGCGGCUUCGGGACCUUCAAUCGCGGCCGGGCAAUAAGAUCUGCGUUGAUUGCUCGCAGAAGAAUCCGCAAUGGGCUUCGGUUUCCUAUGGCGUGUUCAUGUGUUUAGAAUGCUCGGGGAAGCACCGUGGCCUCGGUGUCCACAUCUCGUUUGUUAGAUCCGUUACGAUGGAUUCUUGGUCCGAGAUCCAGAUCAAGAAGAUGGAGGCUGGUGGUAACGACCAGCUCAACGCCUUCCUUGCGAAAUACGGGAUACCUAAGGAGACUGAUAUUGUAACAAAAUACAAUACUAAUGCGGCUGGCGUUUAUAGGGAUCGAAUUCAGGCCCUGGCCGAGGGCCGAUCUUGGAAGGAUCCGCCGGCGGUGAAGGAGAACAUCGGAGCAGGAAAAUCGAAGCCUCCAUUAGCACAAAGUGCUGGUGGAGGGAGUAAGGUGAAUAAUGGAGGUUGGGAUAGUUGGGAUAACGACGAUAAUUUUAGAUCUUCUUCAAAUGAUUUGAGGCGAAACCAAUCGACCGGUGAUGUUCGAGGCGUGGGCGGCGGAGGCAUGCCGUCCAGGUCUAGAUCGACCGAGGAUAUCUAUACCCGGACUCAAUUGGAGGCCUCUGCUGCAAAUAAGGAUAAUUUUUUCGCGCGUAAACUGGCUGAGAAUGAAUCUCGGCCUGAAGGAAUUCCACCAUCACAAGGAGGAAAAUAUGUUGGAUUUGGGUCGAGUCCUCCGCCUACGCGAAGGAAUGAUCCGCAAAGCGAUGUUUUCUCUGUUGUUUCUCAGGGCUUUGGUAAAUUAUCUCUGGUUGCUGCAUCUGCGGCUCAGACGGCAGCAAAUGCUGUUCAAGCAGGCACAAAAGAGCUGACUACCAAGGUGAAGGAGGGUGGCUAUGAUUACAAAGUAAAUGAAACUGUCAAUGUCGUCACGGCAAAAACAACAGAAAUUGGGCAAAGGACAUGGGGAAUUAUGAGAGGUGUAAUGGCAAUGGCUACACAGAAGGUUGAAGAGUACACCAAAGAUGGCAUGAACUGGAAGAAUGAUAACUGGCAGCGGAACGAAAAUGAGAAAAAUGGAUACUAUCAAGAAUUCGACCAGGACAACAAAGGCUGGAAUCCUACUUCUGGAACAGGGCAGUCAUCAGGAAGCGUUCAACAAAAUUCUUACAGCUCAAGUUCGUGGGACGAUUGGGAUACCAAAGACAGCAGAAAAGAGGAGACAACUAAAGGAACCGGAUCCCAUAAUAAUAACAACAACAACAACAACAAUAACAAUAAUGAGGACUGGGCUGGUUGGGAUGACCAGAAAGAUGAUGGGUAUGAUAACUACUAUCAAGCGUCUGAUCGGAAAACUGUCGGUCAAAAUGGAAAAGCAGGUGCUGGUGGUGGUACAUGGUCGGAGGGAGGCUUUCUCUGAGGUAGGCAUCUGAAUACGGUGCAACCAAGUUCCUGGUUUCCUCAAAUGAUGAAAAAUUGAAUACUUGGAGUAGCUCAUACGGAUGGCUGGUCAACACACUGGUAAAGAAGAUGAUGAUUACAAGAACAUAUAGAAUAGAGCUGAUAAGAUUGUUAAUGGAUGUGGAUAUCAAAUCCUCCCACAUGGGUCGCUCAUGUUUUGUUGAGGUCAGUUUUUUUUUCUUUUUUUGUGGGGAUGGGGGUGGGCUGUGGCUGCAACUGCUGUAUCAUCAAAAUCGUCAAAAACCCCCAAUUUAAAGAAACUGUUUAUUAUGUGUUUUGAAACAUUAUUUGUCACUUCAGAAUUGAAAUUCUCUCUCUAUUUGUUUUGUAAUGAAUAGAUGCUAAUUACAUUUA